AUGUCUCUACUCCACACUCAAACCGUCCUCAUCACCGCCGCUGGAGGCAACAUCGGCUCCGCACUCGUGCCCAAGCUUCUCCAGCACGACUUCAAGCUCGUACUUCCAAGAUCCGAUGCUGCACGCCUGCAAUCAAAGCUCGCCCUCACUACAGACUCCGACCGUGUAGCCAUCGAGACGGGCUCCAUCAAGAACGCACAAUGGGUGCAGAGCAUCCUGACCAAGCACGCCGUGGACGUAGUCUUCCUAUGCUUGACAGGUAACGACGAGCUCUUCACCACACUCAACUUCCUAGACGCCGUGCAGCGUGCCGGCUGCGUCAAGCAACUCAUUUAUCUCUCGGCCUACGGAGACUUCGUCUCAGCAAAUGGUGUUGAAGAAGUCAUGCACGUGCACAGUACUGCGCAUGUACUGGUGAAGACCACGAUCGAACAGAAGCUCAUGUUCGGCGCGUUCCAUUGGAAGACGACGAGACUAGGACCAUUGCUGUUUGUGAGCAACGACUUGAGAUCCAAAAAUUCUAUGCUGAAGCACGGCUUCUUUGACGAGCCUCUUGGUGAGGCUGGGGUAGGCCGAGCCUUCGAGUCAGACAUCGCGCUUGCGGCUUGCAAUGCCAUCUUAGCUCCAGAACGUUGGGCCGGCAAGAAGGUCAGUAUCGGUUCUUUGCGGCGCUACAGAGGUUCUGAAGUUGCCGAGAUGUGGUCACAAGCCAUCGGACGCACAGUCAAGAUGUGUGGCAACGAUGAUGAGAGUAUGUUGACACUGGAGGAUCGUGUUGAGACUCACAUAGGUCAAGGAGGUUCCAGUGGCUGGGGUAGAGAUCUGAGACUGAUGUAUGAGGCUUUCGGUAACGUGGGAUUCGGUAUGACUCCGGAGGAGUAUGAGUUACAGGUCGAGUUGCUCGGGAAGGAGUCAGAAAACUACGCAAAGUGGGUGGAAGAGAGUGCCAUUGAACAGCAGUGGCAUCAGAUGGAUCGUUACGCCGCAUUGCACCAUGCCACUAAGGGACCUGGUGAUAGCCGACCGACAGCAGAACAGAUCCCGGACGACUUCAGCCUCAGAGGCAAGCUGCAUGGAAAGACAGCUUUGAUCACAGGCGGCACUGAUGGGCUGGGGUACGAAACAGCUCGAACCCUACGUCUGACAGGCGCCAAGGUCUACAUUAGCGGGCGGUCGCCAAAAAAGGCGAAUGCAGCUGCAACGGCGUUGUCUUUGGACGAUGGCUUUCCGGCACCGUCUCUAUCACAGAGCCGAGAAGGACAGCGGACGGAUGGGGCGCGGGUGCUAUGGACAGAUAAGGUUCUUGCGCAAACGCCUCCCUGUAGACAGCCGUUAGCGGGACUGUGA